UGCCUAAAACAGUAUGUGGAACUUUUGAUCAAAGAAGGUCUAGAAACAGCAAUCAGCUGCCCUGAUGCUGCCUGCCCAAAGCGAGGUCAUCUGCAAGAAAAUGAGAUUGAGUGCAUGGUUGCGUCAGAAAUCAUGCAAAGGUAUAAGAAGCUACAGUUUGAAAGAGAAGUGCUUUUGGAUCCAUGUCGGACUUGGUGUCCAUCCUCUACUUGCCAGGCAGUUUGCCAGCUCCAGGAAUCAAGCCCACAGGACCCCCAGCUUGUCCAGUGCAAAGCCUGUGACAUUGAGUUCUGCUCUGCUUGCAAAUCUAAUUGGCAUCCAGGUCAAGGCUGUCAAGAGAACAUGCCAAUCUCUUUUCUUCCAGGAGAAACAAGUUCAGUUUUUAAAAUGGAAGAUGAUGAUGCUCCAAUCAAACGCUGUCCAAAGUGUAAAGUUUACAUUGAACGAGAUGAAGGUUGUGCCCAAAUGAUGUGUAAGAACUGCAAACACGCCUUUUGCUGGUACUGUCUGGAAUCUCUUGAUGAUGAUUUUCUCCUUAUACAUUAUGACAAAGGACCUUGUCGAAACAAGCUGGGACACUCCAGGGCGUCUGUUAUCUGGCACAGAACACAGGUGGUAGGAAUUUUUGCAGGAUUCGGUCUUCUACUUCUGGUGGCCUCCCCUUUCCUUCUACUUGCUACACCAUUUGUUCUGUGCUGCAAGUGCAAAUGUAAUAAAGGAGAUGAUGACCCUCUACCUACCUAGACAGAGAAAACUGGACUCGUCACAACAUGUGUUUUGAUUUUGUCGUUGCUGUUGAUGUUUCCCUCUUGCACUUGCAUUGCUGUAGCCUUACUUGCCCCGUUCUGCUUUUCAUUGACACACAGUCUUGGUUCCAGGAACCGUUGUUGCUACUGUUGCAUAGAUCAAUUGAUAAUAGACAAGGAGGGUAAUGGAAGGCAAGUUUGGUGCUCAAGGGAGACCAUGGACCCGGGUAGCUAUCUGAAAUGAAGAGGUGAUACUGCUAAAAUUAAUGCAAAAAGUCUCUGUUGCCCUGCUGGCGGACUUGGAACUGUGCUGAAUGACAUCAGCAAAACAAGCCAAAAGCAUAUAAAUCUAAACUUUCUGCAUAUCCGUUUGCUUCAAAAUUUGAUGUCUUAUUCCUGUAUGUAUUUAAGUUGCCUAUCAU